CCGGAAGUGCUCUUCUUGUUCCUGUCGCGGCCAACAUGGAGGCUGACGCAGAAGAGAGUCAUUACUUUGUGAGAGACAUUGAGAAAAACGACGGUUGUACCUUAAAAGUGAAGCAGUGCUACUUGGGAGACGUCGGCUGUGUUGUUUGGGACGCAGCCAUAGUUCUUGCAAAAUAUUUGGAGACGAAGCAAUUUUAUGAUCCGUCCUCAGGAGUGAACGUCUGGGCAGGCAGGAGUGUAGUGGAGUUGGGAGCUGGGACAGGAGUUGUUGGUCUGAUGGCAGCAACACUGGGAGCUCAAGUUACUGUGACAGACCUGGAGGAUUUGCAGACCCUCCUGAGGGUGAACAUCCAGGAAAACCAGGCACUUAUCACUAGUGGAUCAAUUACUGUCAAGGUACUGAAAUGGGGUGAAGAUGUGUCUGCCUUCCUGCCUCCCCCCCAUUAUGUCCUCAUGGCAGAUUGCAUCUAUUAUGAGCAGUCAGUUGUUCCACUGGUGGAGAGCCUGAAGCUGCUCGCCGGGCCAGAGACCUGCAUUAUUUGCUGCUAUGAGCAACGCACCGAGGGCAUCAAUCCAAAAGUGGAAAGGAAGUUUUUUGAGUUGCUGCAACAAAACUUCAGUUGUGAGGAGAUUCCUUCAGACAAGCAAGACCCAGAGUUUAGCAGUCCAGACAUCCGCAUCUUGCACAUCCGAAAAGUCUGAGUUUGUGUAGUGAAAUUUGCGCACGCAGUAAUCACUGCUCCACCCAAAUAUCAGACUGUGAAAUGGAAAAUGUAAAGUCUAUACCAUUAUGUCUGGAAUAUUACUGCACUCUUUUUUUAAACAAUAUUAAGAAAAAUAUUUUCACUAAACAGUGUCUUGAUGUGUGAUUGAACACAAAAAAUAACAAUUUCCAGAGAUCCUGAUACAGGGUGUGCAGGUGCAGCAGUAUAUAGUUCAGUGAAUGGGUUAAAUAUUAAGAAGAGUAUCAGACCAUGUGUCAGUAUAUACCACAGAGCAGUUUGGAAUAUUAGUUUCUAAUUAUUCAGCACUAACAAGCAUAAUAUCAGGAAAAUCCUCAUUUAGAAUCAAUGAAAUAUUGCCUAUAAUGUACAGAAUGGAAAUGAAUGGUGUAUCUACAUGCUUCCUUUGGGUUCCUGCUCAUGUAGGUGUGGAGGGGAUUGACCAGGUGGAUAUUCUGGCCAAGCAAACACUCAAUUAUGAAGAUCUACAAACUCCAUUAAGCAAAGCUGAAGCAAAGACAUUAAUUUGGACAUUAUGCAUCAUCAUCAGUAUGGCAGGAAUAUUGGGAUGAAACUGGAAGAAAUCUUUAUAAUAUACAGACAUGUGGGGUGCUGGGAGGAUGGUCGGCUGGAAACGAAGGGAAGAAAAUAUAAUCAGUCGUCUGAGAAUAGGUCAUACAGGUCUCAACCAUACAUCAUAUAAAAUAGGCAAGCACCCAAUGGAAAAUGUACACUGUAGCUGACCAGAAAUGGUCAAACAUGGACUACUACAUUGUAGGAAUAUCAAAAGAAAUCACCUUUUUCAGUCACUAAGGAAGACAAAAUAUCAUGACUUUCAUUGUCUGGUCUCUUGGGGAAAAGAGCAGGCAAGAUAUACUGUAACAUUAAAAUGAUUUUUUAUAUUUAUCUAAAAGAUUUUAGAUGUUUUUUGUUUGUUUUGUUUCUGUGCUCAUCUUUAAUAAAAUGAGUUGUUUGACCUGGAGGGGUCACAAACAGCAACAAG